GUGAUCCCCGGCCCUUCUUGCACUGCGUCUCGCAAUGCUUCAUCUUUGUCCACUACAAUGGCGGCCCUCACCGAAAGUAAUGGCCAGUCGAAUUAUCGUCUGGCUCAAGAGCGAGAAUUCUACAAAUUCCUUCCCCACGAUCAUACGGCCUCCCAUUUUGCUCCCUUUGACCAUGAAAGUCGGAAGUCCUUCGUCGCGCAGCCCUCGCGAGACACGGCGUUAACCUCCUUUGCCCAGCUAGGCGCGAUCCGCCUUAGGGCGAGACGGGCGUUGGUUUCGCUGUUCGAUCGCACCUACCAGUAUGUCCUGACCGAGGCCACGCCCACCCUGAGUCUCGUGGGUGGCCAUGUCCGCGACGAGCAGGAUCUUCUGCGAGUGGGAACGUGCAUCUUUCCGAGAGAGAGGGGGCUAUGCACGCUGGUAUCCACACUCCCCUCCCCGAAUUAUGCCGACGAUCCGGCGGUUGUUGAUGGUAGCGCUGUCGUGGUGUCUGACGUGACGAAAGAAGAGCGAUUUCAGUGCACUCGGCUCUUGAGCUUGCUUUCCGACGUGCGUUUCUAUGCCGCCGUGCCAAUCGUUAGCCCGCGCGGCCUUACCAUUGGCGCCUACAGCGUGUGGGAUUCUGAGCCGCGGCCAGAUGGUCUCGACACAUAUUCACUGCAAUUCUUGAAGGACGUGUCGGCUACUGUGAUGGAGCAUCUAGCCAACCAACACUCCCGCUAUACAAGCCAACAAGCUGAACGGAUGAUCACUGGAUUGGGCAGUUUUGUUGAAGGACGAGCCACUCUGCGCCAUUCUUGGCGAGAGGCCAACGCACAAUAUGCGGCCUCGGAGCAGUCCGGCGAAACGACCGAGGGACAGCUGAAUAUCCACCAGCAGGAUCUGGAAGAGGCAGGCAAAGGCACUAAACAAGAAGCCGAAAUGACAGAGACUCGAAAUGCAGGCCAGUCCAUCCGGAGCGUCUUUGCCGGCGAAGAAAGCCCGCAGGACGUGCUGUCGACCGGCAUUCAGCGUGUCUUCUCUCGCGCUGCUAAUCUCAUCCGAGAAUCCAUCGGCGCCGAAGGUGUUGUGUUUCUUGAUGCCAACAGCGAACAAUUCGGCAGCUUGGUUGGAAACAAGACAAGCCGCAAAGUGACGGGUUCUGGCAACAACGAUUCGCCCGAGAGCAGCGACGAGAGCAGCGACUCAGGUUCGUCAACUCGCCGAUCCUCUGGCAGCGAAGGGGAACGGGCUAGAAGCAUGCCGGUUUGUGUCUCUCUGGGAUUCUCUACGUCCCGCGCAUCUAGUAUCAACGAUGACACAAUGGCUGGGAACCAAGUCGUCGUUAAGGAAGCACUCCUCACCUCUCUGCUCCGCCGCUAUCCUCGGGGCAAGAUAUUCAAUUAUAACGCCAAUAGAUCGGUCUCCGAUGACAGUGACGACACUUCCCACAGUGUGCCUGGAUCCGACAUACUGGAACCGAACGUACAGAAUGAGAAUGAAAGGCGACGGUCAGGCAGCAAAAAGCACCGCAAGUCGAAUUUCCGCCAGGAUGCAGGAAACCUUAUCCAAAUAUUCCCAGAUGCUAGGAACAUCAUCAUAAUGCCGAUGUGGGAUACAGACAAGCGGAGAUGCUUCGCCGGAGUGUUGGUGUGGACGAAUAACCCAGAGCGCGUCUUUACCAUCGAAAACGAGCUGGCCUACCUCUCUGCCUUUUCAAACAGUAUUAUGGCGGAGGUCAAGCGUCUGGAUGUGGAGAUGUCCGAAAAGGCGAAGACGAACCUGGUCAGCAGUAUCACUCACGAGCUGCGCAAUCCGCUGCAUGGUAUUUUGGGCACAGCAGACAUUCUAAGCGACACGGCGAUGAAUGCUCUACAGCAUGGCAUGGUACAUACGAUCGAGUCUUGUGGUCGGACUCUGCUCGAUACGAUCAACAACCUACUUGAUCUCACCUUUAUUGAUAAGUAUCAGAAAAGACAUUCUCCUCGACACCAGGCAAAGCAGGGUCAGUUGCCUUCGGGCGAGUCCCAAGAAGAAUCCGGCGUAAAAAGCAGCCGGAGCCAAAAGGCGCCCUCGUAUACGCACGUGAAGCUGGAUCAGGUGCUCGAGGAAGUUACCGAGUGCGUCUUUGCAGGAUACAGCUUCUACCAUCACCCACAAGCACCACCUCCAGCCUUGGCUGAUUCCUCUUCCCGUGCGACCGGCGAGAGAAACCAGGUCACUAUCAUCUUUGACAUUCAGCCAGAUGUAGAAUGGGGAUUCUACACGCACGCCGGAGCCUGGCGUCGUAUCCUGAUGAAUGUCUUCGGAAACGCCCUGAAAUAUACACCAUCGGGGUUUAUCUACCUUCAGCUGAAAUGCGAGCGUAGCGCCAAGCGCAGAAAGCAUUCGGAGUCGUCGGAUGGAACUGGCGAAGACUAUAACGUCACCCUGACUGUCAAGGACACUGGUAAGGGUAUCGGCCCCGAGUAUCUGCAGCGUGACCUCUUCACGCCGUUCACGCAGGAAAACCCAUUGGCCUCCGGCAGCGGCUUGGGAUUGAGUAUUGUGCGUCAAGCGGUAGGGGCGCUCGAUGGCUCAAUCGAGAUCAAUUCGACGAAGGGAGUUGGCACUGAGCUUACGAUUCGGACACCGCUCACCCACUAUGCUUCGGCUACAUCUGACAGUGCCUCGGAUGCUGUGUUUGUCUCCUUGCGAAAGUCCACCGAGGGAAAGUCCAUUGGCCUGUUGGGCUUUGGUUCCUCCUUGGAAUCCAACCGAGACACGACCCUCUAUGCUUCUCUGGCGCGGGUCUGUGAGGAGUGGUUUGGCCUAGAAGUGAUCUCAGUAUCACCAUCAAAGGGCGAAAAACGUGCCUUCAAUUUCUACCUAGCUGUACAGACUGAACUCGAUAGCGAGGAUCUUGAAGGCCGGAAUUUGUUCAGCUUGGCGCCUCAACUGAGUAGCGAGGGUGACGAGACCCCCAUCGUCGUUGUCAUCUGUCAAUCCCCUGAGGAGGCGCACAGCAUGUUUGUCGCCGCCAAGAACCGGGGCGUUUCUCCCAUCUUCGAGUUUGUCAGUCAGCCCUGCGGGCCGCGGAAGUUGGCUCGUGCCUUGGAACUGUGCAUCAAACGUCGACGGGACGAGGCAGACGGACGACGUGCCUCUGACGAGCCUACACGUUGGGUGGAACUUCCCGAGUCGUCUCAUUUACCCGUGGACGUCGGACCUAGUGACCCUCCGGACGAGCGCAUGAAGGUUAGCAAACGCCCGACCGCCGACACGAUGGGGAGCCCCGACGGUGUAAAUCGUCGGCAGCCAUCAACGGAAGGGGCUUGGGAGGCCAACUUGCCCCAUGGGUCGGGUCCACCAUCGCCGUCCACAGAGGGAGCUUCCGAAGGGCCUUCUCAGCCUGCGCCAAAAUCCGUUCUUUUGGUUGACGAUAAUGAUCUCAAUCUUCAAUUACUGUGCGCUUACACCAAGAAGGAUGGUCGGGACUAUAUGACCGGUACGAAUGGUGUGGAAGCGGUGGAAACCUACAAGGCUCAUCCUGGUCGAUUCCGUGUCGUGGUAAUAGGUAAGCAUCCUCAGUCCCUCCAGUCCUUCAGUCCCAUUGACCUCAUCCCUUAGACAUCUCCAUGCCAGUCAUGGACGGAUUUGAGGCUGCCCGGCAAAUCCGGCGAGCCGAAAAGGAGCACCGAUCUAAGCUCAGCGAGUCCGAUCGCGAGAGGAUUCCCUACACGAUUAUCGCAGCCCUGACGGGACUAGACAGCCCAGAUGCACAGAAAGAAGCAUAUGGCUCGGGCAUUGACACGUUCCUCAUCAAGCCGAUUAAGCGACCGGAUUUGAAUGAUGUUUUGAAGAAAAUAGACGAGUGAAAUCGUUCGAAAUCCCCUCGUCAGCUGCAAGGAGUUUAUGGAAGUUUUUGUUUUUAGACUUGCCGACCUUUAUUGAUACCCGGAAUAUACACGCUUGCGGGACGGGAUUUAGAUAGCCUGGCGCAAUGUUUUUGGGAGGUUGAGCGAUUUUUGAAUGUUUGAAUGAUAAUAUGAAAUACAUGUUUCAGACCGAUGUUUCGGAUUAUAAAGCUUUGCACAUGAUCAGAGUCGUAUAGUCCCUAUUUUGCUGAUUUAUGUGAUAGCAGA